CUCUGCGAGGGGGCUGCUGGGAGUUGUAGUAGAGGGGCAGCGAGAAGAUGGCGGGCAAGAUCAACGUAGUGCUGCGGCCCGUGAAGAGCAUCGUGGUCCGCUUCUGCCCCUUCGAGUCCAACGUGGAGAGCACCAGAAAAUUUCUUGAAUGUAUAAGCCGUAAAAAAAUACAAGCCACUAACAGGAACUGCGAAGUGACUGCAGAUGUGAGACACGAUGGGUCUGAACCACUUGUAGAUGUUAUGUUUGCUGAUGGAGACCGAUUGAUAAUGAAAGGAGCCAACCUAACGACAGUAGAAAUGUUAACAGCACUGGGGUCCAGAUGUAAUACAAAAGAGCUUAAGGCAGAACAGAAAAGCAAGAAGAAGAAUCCCUGAAGAACAGAACGCCAGCUGUGUUUGCAUUUACAUGUGUUAAAACAGGAAACUGUACAGAAGGAUUUCUCCGAUGCAACAAAUUCUAAGAGAGAUGGCUGAAACACUGACCAAGUCAACGUAGAGCAGAAUGAACUAUUUAAAUGUUCUCCUGCCUUCCACGAAAUGAAGGCAUAAUGCAUUGACAAUUCAUCAGUGGAUCAGAGUGACUCAAGAUGCGUGAAUGCAUCUUUCUAAGCACCUACCUGUGUCAUCUGCAUGUUGGACUAAUAUCACAUAUUUGCAUAUAACUACGAAUACUGCACAUUAGUUAAUAAAUACUAAACUGAA